UCCAUUAUUUAUAGUUAAUAUUUUAACAUUUUUACACUAUGUUGUCUAAUAUUUAUUUGUUAGAAUAAGUAUGCUAGUUCAAAAUUUUUUGUCUUUCAUAUCAUUGAAUCUUUUAAAUUUUGGUGCUGUUGUGACAUGUGUUGUUUUACUUGCAACGUGGAUGUUUUUGAAACGAGAAACCAAACCAAAUAAAAAAAAGUAUUCUAAAGAAGCUACAAUAAAAGCAGUUGUAAACGAAACUGAUGUAAGAUCCCCUUGUCAGUCUCCUACAGACAUUACUAAGAUUUCCAAAUUUGACCAAUUAGACAUGAAGAAUCCAUCAACAGUGAAGAAGUAUGUUCAAGAAUUAAGGCAACAAGCAUACAUUAAAAAAGAAAUGUCAGAUGAAGAACUGCAAAUGGAGAACGAAGCAAAAAAUAGACAACUAGCGCAAAUACACGCUUUGUUAAAUCAAGAAAAACAUAAGUUUGGCGGUGAAAUGUCAUUUGACGAGUUGAAUGCGCAAAUGGCACUUUAUAAUUAACCUUAAUAUUAUUUUGUUUUGGAGUUGAUAUUUUGUUCCGUUCUAGUCACUUUAUUUAUAGUGUUGCGUAGCAUAGCUGUUCCAAUCGUAUUGUACUUAUGCUUUUUGUAUAAAUGAUAAAAUUGAAAAGUUAUACGUGUAAAAAUUUAUAUAUUUAUUUACGCAUACUUUAUAUAUAUAUUAUUCUUAUCUUUCUUAAAAUAUAUAAAAUUUAUAAAAAAUAUCACUUGAUGUUUCAAAAUCAUUAAAUUGUGCUCGAUGAUUGGUUAUAUUUUUAACUAGUAAUUUUACUUAUUUCAAAGACAGGUUUUUUAAAAAUAAAAACAAAUAGUUUUGUCACAAGCACGCCUACAUCGUUAAAAUCACAAAAACAGGUUUUUGUUAUGUUUUAAUUUAGUUCCUAAUAUUUUAAAUAGUUUGAAAUGAUUUUCAGGAUCGUUAAGAUUAUAUAAUUUUCGAUCUUUAAUGGAAAUUUUAGAUUAGUAGCGAAAAAUGGUAAUUUAAUACUAUAUAAAAUAGCUUUACAGAAUGCGCUAAACAAGAAUACAAUCAACUUAUUUUUAUAACUUACUAAAUUAUAAUCGAUUUCUGGCAUAAAAGAAAUGAUUAGUUUAUACGUAGACUGUCGUUAUUUACUGACCAGCCAGAUUCAAUCAGGCGAGUCUAGAAUGCUAUUGUUAUAAUUUUUAGUAUUAACUUAAAAUUUUGUAUCUUUAGUUUUAUUCGGCUUGUGUUUAUUUAAGCAGUUAGUCUUGUUUUUCU